AAAGGGUGAAAUUCUACUAGUUAUAACGAGCAACUAGAUCAUCAUAAGUCUUAACAAUGAGUAAACCGCACGACAAUAAAAUUGGUGUGCUCUAAUAAGUCAAAGACCAUUUUUUUAUUUGAAUAUUUUUUUGGCGAAAAUAAGAUUUUAUUAAGUAUAUUAAAAGAAAAUGUCGAAAGCUCGGAUUUACAAAAAACCCUGGUAAUCUAGAAUGUGAUUUAAAAAAAAAACUCAAAAGAAGCCGCAUGUUGUGUAUAGAAUGUACUUUUGCUAUUACAACUUACAAGAUACAGAGUAUGUAUCUUGAUCCGUAAUUGUGUUUCAAGAAUCAGGACGUUGAGAGCUGUCUCUCGCAAACCCCUCACGGUUUGUUUCUUCCCAACGGAAUUUUCUUGGUCUUCUCCUUUGAUUCUCUUGAUUUGAGCUUGGAUAUUAGUCAUAUUACCUUCAAGUCUUCUUUGGGGAGUAAUAUUUCUAAUUUUUGAGCUCUUUCUUGAGUGAUUUGGUCAAGAUCCGAAAUUGUGCUUCCAAGUUACUAUUCACAUACGAAGGUCAAUGCAUAUAUCCCAUAAUCUACUCGUUCGAUUUUGGAUUGGAACUUGGUUUUAGCUUCUCCUAAGUGUGGGGAUUAAGCACAUCAACUGUGUUUCAUCAUCAAGAAAAUCCGUACAUCUAGCUACUAUUCACUCCAGACUCCAUUUAUACGGUUUCCUAGCUAAAAAACAAGGUACCUCUUCGUUACCUUGGCUAGGAGGGGUUGCUACUCUUAGCUUCCCCUUCCAUGGUUUGAUAAGCUCUCCAUAAUGCCCAAGCUCACGGGUAAGGAGAAAAGGAAGGAGGUACUACACCCUACAAAAUCAUCAUCAAGACUUAAGGCCAAAGCUCAAGCAAGGGAAAUGGAGGAUGCAAUCUCGGCUAUGGACCAAAUAAGUGACUCGGAGUUUGAGAACGAAAUCCAAACUAGUGAGGCGGAAGACUUAUCCAAACUGGAAAAGGUUUUGGAAGGAGUUGAGGUAAAAUCCUCACCUCUUAUAAAGAAUGAUGUUGCUGUGAAAACCAUUGACCAAACCAAAGAGGUGAAUGAACCUAUUAUUGAGCUUGUUGUUGAACCUACUGUGAAACCCGUGUCUAUUGAUAAUGUGGAGAACCAACUUCAGCCGAUGGCCAACAUUGAUGCCUAUGCCGCGACAUUGGGGAACUCUAUGGUGACAAAUUCUUUAAGCUUGAAGAAGACAGUGCCUAAACAACCAUUUGCCUCACUGUUCAAAGAUAAUAGGGAACCAAGUAAAGGCAUGAAAUUGAGAUACAUUGAACCGGUUGGUGAGUAUAUUGACUUGUCAAACAGGAUCAUACCAUCUAUUACUGACUUAUGGGGGGUUUUGCUUGGUAUGUUACUUUGCCGGGAGGUUCCCUGAUAUAAGGCCCAUACAAGAGCUUGAUGCUAAAUGGGGAGUCCAAUGCCAUAUUAGACAACAUGAUUGAGGUUGGGUUAUCUUCAAGUUUAAGAGUGAGGAGGCAAGAGGUAAAGUAUUGAUGGAGGGGCCUUAUUCUCUAUUUGGCAAAUCCCUCUACUUAAAAGUCCUCUCGGAUGACUUUGCAUUUGAUAGUGAGGAAUUCCUCAAGGUUCCUAUUUGGGUAAAGUUCCCUUUAUUACCCAUGCAAGUGUGGGAUGAAGAGGUUAUUAGUGAGAUUGCCUCACGGGUUGGGCUUCCUCUCACAACCGACCGUGUUACACAAGAGAAGGCUAGAUCAAACUUUGCUAGAGUCCUAAUUGAGGUGGAUGCUUCUAAGCCACCCCCACUACGGCUAAAGAUCAAAAUGCCUAAUGGGAGAUUUCAUAAUCAAAAGGUGAUUUAUGAAACCUUCCCAAAUUAUUGUUUCCAUUGUAAAAUGUAUGGGCACCAUUCAUUCACAUGUAAGGGGGGAGGACAACUAAACAUUUUUAAAUGUUUUUAGCUUCAUGGAACGUGAGGGGACUUAAUCAAGCCUCAAAACAAAAUAUUAUAGUUAAUUUUGUCAAAGCUUAUAAGGUACGCAUCUUUUGUCUACUUGAAACUAAAAUGUCUACUACUACGUUUGAAAAUUUUAUAAAUUUUAGAUUUAAUUCUUGGAUGUCUACUACCAAUUUUGAUAAGAUGAAUGGGUUAGGAUGGCUAUCAUAUGGGAUCCUAGCUUUGUUGAUGGGGUCAUUUUGCAAGUAGAAAAACAGUUUGUGCAUGCUAGGUUUAAUUGUAAAAUUACACAAUUACCUUUCUAUGUCACAUUUGUUUAUGCAUUGUACACGGUUGUCCAAAGAAGAGAGCUUUGGGAACAUAUCUCCCUACUUGGGACGAAUAUUUUGGGUCCUUGGGUUAUACUUGGUGAUUUUAAUUGUGUUGGCUCUCCAAGUGAGAGGAGUGGGUCAGCCCCCCCUCGGGUUAUUCCAUGAAGGAUCUUAAUGAUAUGAAGAUUCAAUCAAAUCUUAAUGAUGCACCUUCAACUGGGGAACUAUUUACUUGGCAUAGGGGUACAAUUUGGGAAAAAUUGGAUAGGGUGCUUAUUAAUUCUUUUUGGUCUACACAAAAUGUAUCAUGUAGGGUUCACUUCUUUGAUAUGGAGUGUGAGUUUGAUCAUGUUGCAUCUCUUAUGACUAUAGGGGCCGAGAAUAUAGAAGGCUCAAAACCUUAAGUUCUUCAACAUGUGGCUCAAACAUGAACAUUUUAAUGGAAUUUUGGAGAAUGUUUGGAAUAGGAAUGUUGUUGGGACGGCUCAGUUUAGACUUGCUCGGAAACUUAAGCUGCUCAAACAACCUCUAAAACAACUUAACAAGAAUGAAUUUAGUCACAUAACGGCUAGGGCAAAGGAAUAAAAAAAGGAAUAUAAGAGAAUCUAUCAGUUAGCCCUCUUAGCUCCUCAAGAUGAUGCCCUAAAGGAUGAGUUGUCUGUUGCAAAGAAAAGAGCUUUAUUUCUAAAAGAAGCCGAUGAAGCUUAUCUUAAACAGAAAGCUAAGGCUUUUCGUAUCAUUCAAGCGGAUAGAGGUACAAGAUACUUUCAUUCCAUGGUAAAGAAGAGGCAAACCCAGAACACCAUUGCAUCCCUAAAAUUGGAAGAUGGAAGUCUUACCAAUUCUUUGGAUCAAGUAGCUACUGAGUUUGUAUCUUUCUUUAAAGGGCUUUUUGGCACUUCUGAUCCUACUCAAAAUGUUGAUCCUGUAGUGAUGGCAUCGGGUCCCACCAUUGAUAAUACAAUUGCGGCUGACCUUAUUAGUCAUGUUACUGAUUUGGAAAUUAGACAAGCUCUAUUUGAUAUUGGGAAUGACAAAGCACCUGGACCAGAUGGAUACUCAUCAGCUUUUUUAAAAUCAAAUUGGAAUAUAGUUGGUGAGGACGUGUGUGAGGCAGUUAAGGAGUUCUUUGUAUCCGGAACCUUGCUUAGGCAAGUUAACCACACGAUGGUAGCCCUUAUUCCUAAGACAAAGCACUCCCCUACUGUCUAUGAUUUUAGGCCAAUAUCUUGUACAAAUGUGACUUAUAAGAUUAUUACUAAGAUUAUUGCAUCUAGGCUUGGACCCUGCCUUUCUGGCAUUAUUAACCCAGCAUAGGGAGCUUUUGUGGACAGAAGAUUGAUGUCUGACAACAUCUUCUUGGCACAAGAGUUAGUGAGGGGAUAUGCUAGGAAAAGAGUUACCCCUAGGUGUAUGAUCAAAGUAGAUCUUAGGAAGGCUUAUGAUACGGUUUCUUGGGAAUUCUUGGAUAGUGUACUGAGGCACAUUGGCCUUCUAGAUUUAUUUGUCAAUUGGAUUAUGGAGGUGUUACCACCUCUUCUUUUUCAAUAUCCAUAAAUGGGGUACUCAUGGAUGGUUUGAGGGAAAGAGGGGGUUGAGACAGGGUGACCCUAUGUCUCCCAUGUUAUUUGUUAUUUGUUUAGAGUAUUUCUCACGGAUGUUGGACAUUAGAACCUCGGUUCCCACUUUCUGCCAUCAUCCUUUGUGCUCUAAAGUAAAGAUUUCACACCUUGCAUAUGCUGAUGAUUUGAUGUUAUUUUCUAAGGCUAACUACACUUCUAUUAAUGACUAUGGCCAGGUCUCGGGACUUAUGGUUAAUCAUGAUAAAUCCAAUAUCUUUUUAGGAGGGAAUGUAGCUAAUCAACUUCCCUAUAUUCUCCAUAUGGUUGAUUUUCAACAAGGAUCCUUUCUUGUUAGAUAUUUGGGUAUCCCACUUGCACCUUUAGGGUAUGUUUGGUUUGGGGUAAUCUCACAUGAAGGCCGGAAUGUAAUGCACGGAAUGUCAAAUACUCAUGUUUGGUUCACGGGUUUGAGAAAAAAUGGGAAAAGUUACAUUCCCAGGAAUGUAAUAUGGAGGGGAAUCUUAUAACCACCCAUGUCUUAGGUUAUCUUACAUUCCCGAUGAUGGUCUAAUUUUCUUCCAAAAAUACCCUCAAUUAAUUAUCUCUUUUCAAUUAAUUUCUUUAUAUAGUGCGAUUUUAUAAAAUUUUUAAUGUAGUUUCUAAAUAUGUAAAUUAUAUUUACUAAAAAAUAAUCUUAUUAUUGAAAGAGAUCAGUUAAUUUUAUGGUCAGUCGAUCGUAGAUUGUGUGACAACCAUUUAAGCAGGACAUAUGGAGUAUGUUUAUUUAAUUAUAUUCGAAUGUCUAUUCUUGUUAUUUUCAUAAUUCUUUUUUCCUUGACAUUUAAAUUUUUUAAGGUAUUUAUUUCAUAAGACUUAUAGAUUAUCCUAAGUUUUUGAUGAGUGGAUUUCAAAAUUUAAUGGAAAAAUUGAUCAUUUUUCGUUAAUUUGAAAAGAAGUUUUAUGAAUAACUUGAACAUUUUUUAAAUUUAAUUUUUUUGAAAUAAUAAUAAAUAUAUUUAGAUUGAACAAAGUUUUUUUCACUUUUGAAUUGGAUCUACAACUUUUUACAAUUAAACAUAGUUUACUUAAAAAUAAUUCAAUUAGGUUUGAUUUUAUUUAUUAUUAUGAUAUUUCAUUUUCUCUUUAAUUUUAAUUACUUUAGAUGUAGGUUGUAAUAGAUUUAUUGCGUUAACAUAAAUAUUUAAAGAGCAUUGAAGUAAUUCACCAUAUCUGCAAUAUAAGAUAUCUUUCAACCAAGUAAAUUAAUAUCACAUUCCCUUAAUCUUAACCAAACACAAAUGGGAAUAAAUUGGAUACAUUCCCAUCAAUCUAAUAUACCCAACAAACUGACAUUCACAUGGUAAUCUAACAUUCCCUAAACCAAACAUACCCUUAAAGAUAUAUGCAGCACAAUUUGCUCCUCUGAUUGACACUGUUACAGAUUAUAUAAAUGCGUGGAACACAAAGACACUAUCUUAUGCAGGUAAAGUGGGGUUGAUUAAAUCAAGGUGUACAGUCUUUCUGGCUUGGCAUUUUUCCUGUUCCUAGAGCUAUACUUGAUCAAAUCACUAGCAUAUGUCGUCUUUUUCUGUGGGGUGGCAAACAUGCAAAAGUGGCAUGGGAUGAUGUAUGCUUACCUAUAGAUGAUGGGGGUUUGGGUUUAAAAGAUACCAAAGUAUGGAAUAAUACUCUCUUAUCCCGAACCCUUUGGAACAUCCAUUCCAAGAAAGACUCUCUUUGGGUUAGGUGGAUUCAUGGAGUCUAUCUCCAUGGGAGGGAUGUGUGGACUUUUGUUCCACACAAUAGGGACUCUUUGUUGAUGAAAAGGUUGGUUUUGAUUCGGGAUUUGAUUGUCUCCAAAUUCCCCUCUAUCCAUGAGGCUUUAGUAUAUCUUGGCAAGAUAACUAUUGAUGGGAGAUUAUCAGCAUGUAAGAUGUAUGACCUUCUUAGGUUAAAAGGUACUCCGCACCCUUGGAUGUCUUUCAUAUGAAAGUCAUAUAUACCUCCCAAAUGUUCUUUCAUCACUUGGUUAGCCUUUCGUAAUAGGCUGGCCACGUAUGAUAAUUUGGGGUAUCUUGAUGUGAUUAACAUUUGUCCCUUUUGCAAGGGUGAACCGGAAACGGUAUCACACCUAUUUUUUGAGUGUAAUUUAACAGGACAGGUGUGGACAACGAUAAAGACAUGGCUGGGUAUUACAAGACAAAUGACUACGUUGCAGAGUGCUGUCAAGUGGAUAAAGAAGGAGCAUAGUGGUGCACAUAUCAAAGCUAAAGCCGUGAGGAUAUCUUUUUGCUAUACUAUAUAUUGGAUGUGGAGAACAAGAAACGCUAUUUGUUUUGAGGCGGCAAAGACCAAGGUGGAAGAUGUAGUACACCAUAUAAAGUAUAUGGUUUAUAAAGUGCUUUACUCCAUAUAUCCGUACCAUAUGAUUUCAUUAUGAUUUUGCUGUUUCGUCACCAUUUUUUGUUUGUGAUGGCUAGCAUGUAUAUGUAGCUAGAUGAGUUUUUGAGGUGACUGGGUAUCCUUGCUUGGGAGGACCCAUACGUGUUUUUGCUAUUGUACAAAUGUACAUAAACACUUUGGAUAUAUAUAUUUACAGUUUAUCCAAAAACAGUAUGUAUCUUGACUUUGUUUAUGGAGAAAAAGUCAUAAAUUAAACUUUCCCA